AAAUGCUGAGCGGCGGCCAGAAGCAGCGAGUGGCGCUAGCACGGGCAGUGUACUCGUGCAGCGACAUCUACCUGCUGGACGAUCCGACCAGCUCCCAAGACGCUCGCGUGGCACACAGCAUCGUGCAGCAAGUACUCGCACACGGUGGCCUCCUUACUAACAGGACACGAGUGCUGGUGACGAACAACUUAAGGCUACCCUUAUCUCCAGACCAAUGGGUCUUAAUGCACGAGAAGAAAGGAAUCACGUUUCGUGAUUUGAAAGAAUUGCAAGAACACCCCGGUGCACCAGCGGAAUUAUUUGAAAACCCGACUUCAAAGCGCCUGCCGGAACGCACAAGCAGGUACAGCGAAGAACAUUUAGAAGAAAACGGGGAGGAACUGAAGGUCAUCAAAGAAGAAGGAAUGUCAAGCAAGGGAUUCUUUGAAAUCGUGCGAGCGUACUUCAAGUACUCUGGCGCAUGCGCACCGGUGGCACUGUUAUCCCUGGCAGCGAGUGCCGUAUUUGUGGCCUGUCAAAUGCUUUGCAUUAAGGCGUGGGCGGCGACGAUGACAAGCGACACCACAAACACGACGCACACGGGUCGGAGCAUUAUUCGUUGGCUCGCCGUGUUUUGCAUAGGAGACGUUAUCCUAAGGCUUGCCGGGGGCAUGAUGUUGGCUCGGGCCAAUCGCCACCGCUCCCUGAAGCUCCACGCGGACAUGCUGGAGCGGGUCGCCGGCAGUGCGCUCUCUUUCUUCGACGCUACGCCGAGGGGUCGGAUCUUCAAUCGUUUCGCCACGGAUCUGGAGAUAAACGACACUCGUGUAUUUGUGUUAUUCAAGCAGUUUCUGCAGAGCAUCUUGUACGUGUUCGCCCGUCUCGCUGUGAUAGGGACCCAGAUGCCCUUGGUCUUCGGCCUUACCGUUUGUGCAGAGGUGAUUUUGCUAUGUUGCAUGUGCUAUCUCAUACCUGCCACGAUGUUCGGACGCCUCUACGAGAGUACCCAGCUGUCUCGAGUACUUCAGCAGCUGACCGAGACACUCGAUUGCGUAGGCCUGAUACGUUGCUACGGUGUCAUGGAACGUUUCUGCGCUCGGUUCCGCCGAAUCAUGACUACAUACCUGGAGUCGUUCAAUCUGUUUUCCUACUGCUUCGCUAUCGGCCGCCUCAUCAGUACCAUAUGCGCGUUAGUAGUCAUAGCGCUCACCGUAGCAAUAAUCGUGGCACCGGCCCGUGACGACCCUGGUGCUGCUGCAAUGGCUGGCUUGUCUCUGCUGUCGGCAUUCACGGUACCAUUUGCCACCGUGCUGGUCUUCCUCGGCGCCUUCUGGAACGCGCUGGGUGAUGCUGCUUUCCAGAGGGCCCUAGAAUAUACAGAGUUGCCUCUGGAGAAGGAAGUUCUUAGCAAACGCAAGGAUUCCACGGGCCACCCCAAACACGAAGGCCCUCGGAUUUUUGUUCAGCCCUACGAUGACUUGUGGCCCAGCAAAGGGGUCGUGAGCUUCGAAAAUUUCAGCGCAUCCUAUAGACCAGGGAUCACCGACGACACGCUCAAGGGUGUAUCCUUUGUAGGCAGAAGCGGGACAGAAGUUGGCUAUCGUCGGGAGAACGGGUGCCGGAAAAUCAUCGCUUGUACUUGCACUUCUGCGCAUGAUCCAGCGCACAUCAGGAACGAUCACCAUUGACGGAAUAGAUAUACACACAGUUCCGUUGAAUCGCCUUCGUACUGUAAUAAGCGUUAUACCGCAGGACUAUUCAAUGUUUACUGGGACGUUGCGUGAAAACUUGGACCCCCAAGGCAGCCACUCAGACGAAGUGCUCUGGAGAGUUCUUAGGAGCGUGCACCUAAGUGACUUCGUCGAAACGACGCCUGAAGGGCU